UACUAGGGCAUACCUGCUAAGGAUCAUAAGUACCAUAAAUACCUGCUCUUAAAUUAUAGUUACGUGGCGUACCUGCUCUUAAAUUGUACUAGGGCAUACCUGCUCUUAUAUAAUAAUCGUUACGCGGCAAGAACAAGGACACAUAUACCAAAGAAAAGUUGAUGUAGAAGUUGGUGCUCUUGGUUCUCUUGGUCCUGAGCCACGCGAAUGGGAUGCGGCUCAUCUAAAGAUGCGAAGGCGGCGCCGGAAGGUAUCCUUGUUACAUAUUUUUGACUGAAUGCUAGGGAUGGAUCAAUAAGAGUUGUAGUUGUCAAAGUAGGUGUUUACUAAAAAUCCUGCCCUCCUCUUCGCUGCUAGUAGUUCUUUUCUUUGAUUCAUGUAUGAUCAUUAUCCGCAACCUAUGAUCGUUGUUUUGUCUUGAUAUCUUCAUGAUUUUUUCUCACGACAACCCAGCCGGUGCUCGCGGCCCGCGGGAUGCAGCAAGUGAAACGAUUGGACGGCCACUCCACCAAACAGCGGCAGUAGAUGUGCCAUUUGGCUACGAACAGGGCCAGAAACGAUGGGUGCGCAAGAGAAGUCAAAUGCUAUUUCAAGAUCUAGGUGCUUACUCUUCCUUUUAAUGAGGGUUUUGGUUGCUAGAUGCUGUAUCCUCUGGGCUUUUUUGUUUUUGUGAUGAAAUAAUGGCUGUCGUUAUGACAAGGAAAGGUGUACUCAUACUCAAGGAAAGAGUUUUUUUCGUACUUAGAAAGAGCCUACUUUCUUGAGGAUGAGUACACUUUUUCGCCUCAUACGUUACUUGCUUUGACAUGUACUAAAUUUUGACUUCGCUAUUAGUUUCUUCUUCUCUCAUACAUCCACUCGCAUCGAAGGCUCUUCCAAAACUCCUACUAUUUAACAUGUGGUCAAAAAAACUCCUCCUAUUUUAGGUGUGGUCGAAGGCGGUCGGCUGCAUCGCGACACGAGUGGUGAGGGUAGUGGUACCCCAAGAAGGCAGUACAGCAAGGACACCCCACCCCGUCCGCCGUACGCGAGAGAGCGCUCUAUGAGCCGUGAAAAUGAGCCGAGGCUUGUGGAAAGGUCGCACUCGAUGUCAAAUUCCAGUAUCUUGCACCGCUACAACUCUAAGGAGUUCAGCACUGGCCGCUUCGCAAAAGAAAUAUCCCCACGUGUGGACAGCACGUUUGCAGCCAGACCAAAUCGGAGAAUCAAUUAGUCCACUGGUACGGAGAAGAUUAACUACGGCAAUGACUCUUUCCAUAUUUCGAAUGGUACGGAUGAACCUUUUAGAACCUACGAAGGAUGAAUCAACUAGCUGGAGCAAGUAUUCUUCUAUAUGGAGAACAGUAGGGAGGAAACUGGAAUUUCUUGUAUAACAAGAGUAGGUAGAAACAUCUUAGACACUGUGGAGGCGUGACAACCAAACAUCUUGUAUUGAUUCAUUGCAGUGGGGAGAGCUGCAUUGAGCCAACGUGUAAUCAAACAUUUAUGAAUAUGUUGUUCUUGUUGUGUGAGUAUAUUAACCACUCGCACGAGAUACAAAUAAGUAAGAAGAUAGAUGAAGGACUUUCUUAGAACAACUCCCUAGCAAUGUGUAAAAUACUCAAAUCUUUAUACUUGAGACGAGUGAAAUCAGCUAUCCUGAUGUAGCACUUAGCUAUGUGCUGAUUUUAGCUGUAGUUUUUGGAAUUUUUCGUCUUAGAGAAAUAGAAUAGAAAAUGAUGAUUUUGAGGCGAAAUGGAUAAUACAGGUACACCAGGCUUUAUACAACGAACAGGAUCGAUUACAACCAAUUUGAGUACAAAAAAUCACAAUCUAUCUUUUCUCCCCUUCUAAAUUUUUCUGCGUCUUCCUUAAGAAAUCCCACCCUUCAAAAGAAAGCCCACCUAAUAGAUGUGUGUUUGAUCUCAGCAAAUAAUUAAAAGGUGUAUGAAAAAACUGUGUAAUAGGCCGUAAGUAAUGAUGCCGUAAUAGGCCGAGGAUGCCGCAAUAGGCUCGCAGGUCAGCCCAGCAUGGAGACGGUCCCUAGUAUUUUUGUAGUUCCUGCUAACGAAAGUACGUUCAUAUCGAGGCUUCAAAGUCUAACAUUUACAGGAAAAGAAAUCAGAAGCACUAGCAUCUGCAGUGGGUAUAGUAAGGUGAAAUGACUUUUAAAAAUUUGAUAUUGGCGGUGCAGGAAAGAGAGCUUUCCCCCCGCUUAGACGACUAAUGCAAAAGUUGAAAAUGCAGCCUACACACGACAUCAAGAUGCUCCUUCUGCUAUAUGAAGGUGAUUAAAAACUGCAAUUGAAGACAAGGAUUACAGGGGUUUAUUGAAGAUCAACAUCCACUUUGUGAAAAUAGAUAAAACCAAGAAGCCAUCCGAAAUGGAUUGAGAU